AAGGGCAGGGGCACGCGCAGGGUUUUUUCACACUUUUGUAAACAACAUGGCGAUUCACGGACUGGCCCUGCUGCUAGCCGACUGAACAAACACUGAGCUGUCAAACCUUCUGCCUCUUCGUGCGGUGAACGUCACACGCUGGAGCCCGUUGAAGUCACCCGUCGGGCAAAUUGUUAACUUCGCGCCGACACGACUACGAGCUGGACUGACGAGCUGUCAAGAAGACCGUUUGACAGUCAAACGGCCCUCUUCAGUCUAUGGGCUCUCAGUCCAGUUCUGGGAUGUCUGGUGGAAGGGGCUCUUCCAGUGGCAACCCAGCUGAGCAGUCUGAUACAGCAGAACCGAACCAGAGCAGCAGCAGCAGUAGUAGCAGCAGCAGCAGCAGCAGCAGCAGCCGAGGCCGCAGGACGGCUGACAGGCAGCAAGGGGACAGACAGCCGGCAUCAGAGGAGGACGUUGACUUAGCUGAAGUGCUGGCUUACCUACUGAGGAGGGGCCAGGUCAGACUGGUCCACGGCAGUGGAGCCACAGGGCUGCAGCUGGUCCAGUCAUACUCUGACUCUGAUGAGGACAGCGAUGGAGCCUGGGAGGGUCGGCUGGGCGACCGCUACAAUCCCCCAGUGGACACCCAACCUGACACACAUGAGGUGGACCAGAGUGAGAUCAGGACUCAGAUCCUUCUGGCCACGGCGUCCUCUGCCCAGAAAGGCCGACACAGUUUCACCCACAUGCUAACAGAGAGAGAACAAGGCAGAUGUAGAGGCUCCAGUUUUUCCCAUGGAGAGUGCAGUCGUAUCCGCACACAUUUUCUGCCAAACCAUAUAUCCCACAAGGAUACAUACCUGCAGAAAGCCUUCUGUGGCGUGUACAGCGAGGAGGGCAACAUGUUUCUCUCUGCCUGCCAAGACCAGAACAUCCGCUUGUACGACACAACCAGGGGGCGCUUUCACCUACGGCGAACAGUGAAGGCUCGUGAUGUGGGCUGGAGCGUGCUGGACGUCUGCUUCACUCCUGAUGCACAACAUGUGCUCUACUCCAGCUGGUCUGACUACAUUCAUUUGUGCAGUAUAGAUGGAGACAGUGAAAACCACACCGCCCUGGACCUCAAUCCAGAUGAGAGGAGGUUCUGUGUGUUCUCACUGGCUGCGUCCACAGAUGGCAAUGAGAUCCUGGGAGGAGCAAACGAUGGCUGCCUGUACGUUUUUGAUCUUGAGCAGAAUAAGCGAACGUUGAAGAUUGAUGCCCACGAGGACGACGUGAAUGCGGUGGCGUUCGCUGACAGCUCGUCCCAGCUGCUGUUCUCUGGCAGUGACGAUGCGCUGUGCAAGGUGUGGGACAGACGGACACUGCGGGAGGACAGACCGCAGCCUGUCGGACAGCUGGCUGGCCACCGAGACGGCAUCACCUUCAUCCACAGCAAGGGUGAUGCACGCUACCUGAUCAGCAACUCGAAGGACCAGUCCAUCAAACUCUGGGACGUCAGGAAGUUCUCUCCCAAAGAGGGGCUGGCAGCGUCCCGCCUGGCUGUCACCCAACAGAACUGGGACUACCGCUGGCAGCAAGUUCCCCAGAGAGCCCUGAAGAGACACAAGCUAACAGGCGACACCUCUGUGAUGACGUACCGCGGUCAUGGCGUUCUGCACACCCUCAUCCGCUGCCGGUUCUCUCCAGAGUUCAGCACUGGACAGAGGUUCAUCUACUCUGGCUGCUCCACUGGCAAAAUCAUCAUUUAUGACGUGCUGACGGGCGCUGUGGUCUCCAGACUGUCGGGCCAUGACGCGUGUGUGAGGGACGUCAGCUGGCACCCUUACGAGGACAACAUCGUCAGCAGCUCUUGGGACGGAGCGGUGCGAAUGUGGGAGCACAGACAGACGCAUCCUCUAGAGGAGGAGAGAGAGAGGGACUCGCAACAGGUGAAACACCUUUGAGAGGGUGAGAGAAGACAAAGGAAAAAGAUGUCAGAGGAAGUGACAUCACAACAGAAGGGGCGAGGCUGGCCCUAACACAGGACGACAAUAAGCUCAAAAGGACUGGGAGAGACUUAAAUAUUUUAAAAUUCAAUGCUGGAUAUUAAUGAUUACAAAUAUAGCGUGGUUGUGAAGUGUUCAUUUGGAAGGCAGUUAUAGCCUUACGUUGUCAUGUGCAGACUAGGGCGCAGUGAGAUGGCCUACUCCUCUUUUGUUUUUGCCUCACAGUUUUGCGUCCUCAGGCCGAACCUUUUGAAUUUGUCCUGUUAACACUCACUUAAUGAGAUAUGGAAAUGUAAUGAUAAGUUAGUGACAUGAAAAUCAUUGUUGGAUAUUGCAGGGAGAAACUGAGGAUGAUGAUUCUGUAUAAAUGUAUAGUAUUUUCAUGGUAUGUGUGUUCAGGGAGUGUAUUCAGAUAGUUAUCAGCAAGCUGACUUCGGCACAGUUUUGACUCACGGGCGUUCAUCACGUACAAAGUUCACCUUUUAACACGCAAUAUACCCAAAGUCACAGCUCCUAAACCUGAGCUUACCACCGGUGCACGACUUGGUCCGUUCUUCAGGGGAAAUUUCUGGUAGUCGCCUAUGUCGUCUAUCUCUAGCACACCACAUAGACCAGGAUGCUUAAGAUAUACUGCUAGUUUCACCGUCUUAACUCACAGUGAGUUUAUGCUCAGUUCUCUUUGGACCACCUUAAGUCUGAAGACAAUUCUUGUAUUUACACAGCCAUAGUCUGAGGUAUUGUUAUUGAUCCCAGGUCAGCACUCAACUCUGUAAACACAAGCCCUGAGUCGAUUGAAAAAAAGAAAUAAGAAGAUAAAGUUUGUUGGCCAAUAUAAACUUGUGAUCUGUUUAAAAGAUUUGAAUGUGACUCGUAAUAUGUUGAGACUUGGUGAAGGGACUGAAAAUGUGAGCGUGGAUCAAAACUCACACACUGAUCUGUAUAUGCAAUUUUCAGGUGUUUAUAUCAAAGCCCAAAUUUCACUUGCCGUUGUUUUACAGAAACAAUAAAACCUCUCUUAAAAUUUUA